AUGAGUCUCAAAAGAAGUCGGCACGAGGUCUCGGAGGAUGCGCAGCCGAAAAAAAAGCGCAAAGGAUUUAGCGUUGGCCCUGCAAACCUACCUGAUGGUACAUAUCGCAGGAAGACACAAAAGAUAAAGAGCGAUCUGAUCCAAAAGGCAAAAGUCAGGAAGGAGUAUGCAAAGGUCAAGGCAAGGGAAGAAGCCGAGCGACACGCACAGGAGGGCAGCAGUCACAAUGCCGGACAGUUCACAGACGCCACAGAGCAACCUGAGCCCGCACCUCUGGAUUUGCACCCAGAUCGACAAGCUAUGCUAGACGCACCUGAGCAACCUCAGCCAGGAAGGAUAAAAGACCACAGCGGUGUGUCGGACAACGUCAAUGGAUUUCGUGCCAGAAGAAGAGAGCGCAGACCUCAAGAGUCAAAAUUCAAGAAGGAACUGGAGGCUGCGGAGCAAAAGCGGUUGCAAAUGGAAGCGAGGACAAAGGCGAUCGAGGCCAGAGGCAAGGAACGCAAGGCUAUGGCGAAAGCGAAGCGACCUGGUAAGAAUGGCAAGCAGAAGCUAGGUCGUCAAAGCACGGUGUUGCUCAAUCGUGUUGAGCGGUUGAUGGGCGAGGGCACUAUCUGA